GGAGGCUCUCUGGGCCAAGAUGAAGGUGGUAGCCCACAUCCAUAUAAAUGGUGCCAUCCACCUCUCCGCUCUACCCAAAGGCACAGAUCCACAUUGGCUCUGCUGGUGCGGCAGAGGCCACUGGAACAGAAGCCAUGCUACCAAGCUCUUUGGCCCUCGCCCUCGUCUCGCUUGUGGUUUCUGGCAUUGAAUGCGAUGUGAAGGAAGCCUGUGUUGGGAACCCUGGCAUCCCAGGAACUCCAGGAUCCCACGGCCUGCCUGGCAGGGACGGGAGAGACGGCAUCAAAGGAGACCCCGGCCCCCCAGGCCCCAUGGGCCCUCCUGCAGCAAUUCCAGACUUCUGUGGGUGUAAUGGGCUGUCUGGGGCCCCUGGCAUCACUGGAGAGCGUGGAGACAAGGGAGAGCCUGGCGAGAGAGGCCCUCCAGGGCUUCCGGCUUAUCUAGACGAGGAUCUUCAAACCACACUCCACUUCUUGAGGCAUCAAAGCCUUCAGUCACUGGGAGUCCUCAGUUUGCAGGGGUCCAUGCUGGCAGUGGGAGGAAAGGUCUUCUCCACCAAUGGGCAGUCAGUCAAUUUUGAUGCCAUUAGAGAGUCAUGUGCCAGAGCAGGCGGCCGCGUUGCUGUCCCAUUGAGUCCGGAGGAGAAUGAAGCCAUUGCAAGCAUCGUGAAGAAGCACAACACUUAUGCCUACCUGGGCCUGGCCGAGGGCCCAGCCACUGGAGACUUCCACUACCUGGAUGGGGCCCCUGUGAAUUACACCAACUGGUACCCAGGGGAGCCCCGGGGGCGGGGCAAAGAGAAGUGUGUGGAGAUGUACACAGACGGGCGGUGGAACGACAAGAACUGCUUGCAGUACCGAUUGGCCAUCUGUGAGUUCUGAGCAAGCAUCAGGGCCCUGGGAGAGAUUGAGUCCUGCCUUGCCACUCAACCUCCAUCUGUAGGAAACACCUGAUUUUUAUGAGAUGCUCUAUCUCUUUUUCAACAAAAUCCAUUUGUGGCUAUUAUAGUUGGAGGCACUCUUAGCCACUCUGCUCCCCAGUUGGGCCCUGCCCCUGCCCCCAGGAUCACUAGUCAGUCUGGCGCUCACCCCGGAGCCCUGUCUCAGCUCUGCACUCUAGGCCACCACUCCUAACUUUGCCCUUCGGCAAGAGAUGGAGACUUCCUUCCUCUUCUCGUCCAGUUCCUUCCUUUAUAGAUGGCCACGGUGACGUCCUGGGAUGGAAAUCCCUCAGAGUGUGCCUGCUUCCUGGCCCCCUCUACCCUUUUUCUGCAGUCCACCACCUGCCCAGCCUCAUCAAGAUUUAGCAGUCUGGACAAGCAUGAUGACAGACAGACAGACUUCUCAGAAACUCCAAAUGUGUGGGGAGGCCAACCUAACCCUAGUGACUGGCAUAUAUUAUCCACUCCCUUGAGUCCUGGGGUGCAACCCAACUCCUGGACCUGAAAUCAGCCAGUCUAUGCCCCACACCCCAGAAACAAUCCAAAUAAUUUCCUGCUGAUGGACAUAUCCCCACACCACUUGCCACACCAUGGACUAUUUAUUGAGCACAUACUGCCCAGCACCUUGAUAGCACUUCUGAUACACCUUCUAGAAUAUUAUUUAAUCUUCACACAAUGCCAUGGGACCACCAUUAUUUCCCCAUUUUUUAUAUGAAGAUAUUGAAACAGAAAAGUUAAAUGUUUUGAGUUUCAUUACAGUGAGUUUAUUAUAAGUGGCUGUGGCUGGAUUCAAACCCAUCUAUGUGGACCUGAAAAUCAUGCUCAUAACCACCCCACCUCACACUGAACAGAGAUGAUUUAACUGUAAUAAAUCAUGAAUGUGUUAA